AUGAAUCUUUCCGAGUCCAAAAGGCCUUUGGUGGAGAAUGAAGAAUUGAACAAGUCUUACUUCGGAUAUGACAACGAAGGUUGUUCCUCUGGUUACGACUCUGCUACUGACCAUUCCAGUGCAGAAAUCGACAAAGAGGCCGAUACAUCAUUCUCCGAGGUCGACAAUGGCGAACAACCAGCUGCUGAACCGGAAGUGAUGAAAUACAGAAGUACUCAGGAACUCUGCAACAGCCUUCAAUACAUCCUCUCAUUUCCGGACCUCUGUGACGUCAUGUUUCUUGUUGGAGAGAAGCGUGUUCCAAUUUACGGCAUGAAAGCCAUUUUAGCCACACGUAGCCGAGUCUUCUAUAAUCUAAUCCUGGAUGCUCAGCGUCAGUCUCCUUCGUCCAAGAAGUCUAAAAAGAAGAAUAAAGAAAACAAAACUCUUUCCAACCACCUUGUUAUCGAAAUCAAAAACUAUCAGCCGGAAGACUUCAGAGAACUGGUGACCUUCGUCCAUUGUGGGAAGGUCAACAUAAAUACUUCCAAUGUGACGGGACUGUACUGUGGAGCGUCUGAGUUUGGUCUCUCUGACUUAAAGAUUGCCUGUCGAGACUUCACAACAAGGACCAUCAGGAAGGGCAACUCGUCGGCCAUCUUGAAAUCAACGAAGUUCUAUCUCGCCCAUCACCGUGCUGCUGCCAAAUUCGUUGAAAAGAUUCACGGAUAUCUGAAAGCCAUCAAUGACUGA